CAGGGUUCCCCGGCUGCUCAGCGCCUUCCGAUUACUGACAGCCUUCUAUUGGUCAUUCAUCGGGCGUUGGACCUCAAGCUUUUCGAUCAUUGCGCCUUUUGGGCAGCCUGCAUGCUGGGUUGUUUUGGUUUUCUCCGUGUUGCUGAAUUUACAGUCCCCAAUUUAACCAGCUUUUCUCCAGCUAUUCAUCUUUCAGUGGCUGACAUCGCAGUGGAUUCACGCCAGUCGCCAACCUGCCUCCGUGUUAGGAUAAAAGCGUCGAAAACGGAUCCGUUCCGUCAAGGCUGCCACAUCCAUAUUGGUCUGGGAAGGGCACCCCUCUGUGCAGUUCACGCUUUGCUGGCAUACCUCUCCAUACGAGGAAAUGCCCCUGGCCCCUUGUUCCUUCUUGCGAAUGGUCAACCUCUGUCUCGCGCAAUCUUGACUGAUUGGCUGUGGCAAAUUUUCUCUACCGCGGGGAUUGAGGGCAAUUUCUCCAGCCACAGCUUCCGCAUUGGGGCAGCCACGGUAGCAGCUCGCAACGGCAUUCCCGAUCACCUGAUUCAGGCUCUUGGACGUUGGACUAGUAAUGCAUACCAGCUUUAUAUUCGCACGCUGUUGGAAGCUCUUGCGGGCUUCUCUGGUCAGCUGGCUUGA